GCAACAACAGAGAAGCUGCGCUAACAUCGAGGAGUGUUUAUCCCGCAAUGUCUGAGGUCUGUUCCUCCAUACCUGAUGUUCAGUGAAACCAUGAAUGAAGUUGAGGAGAAACAUCAGUGUCAGAAACCUCAGAAUCUUGUUACGCUAGAAAUGUCUUCUAGUAGUUUGCAGAAGAAAAAGUUUUUCUCUCCAAAGAGGAAACAAAGGACAGAAGGAAGCAAGUCUUUUACCUGCUCUCACUGUGGAAAGAGUUUCAAACACGAAUGUCAUCUUCAGCGACACAUGACAAUUCACACAGAAGAGCGUCCAUACCCGUGUCCUCAGUGUGGAAAGAGUUUCAAACACAAAUGUCAUCUUCAGAGACACAUGAGAAUUCACACAGAAGAGCGUCCAUACCCGUGUCCUCAGUGUGGAAAGAGUUUCAAACACAAAUCAAAUAUUGAGGAGCACAUAAAAGUUCACACUGGAGUGCGUCCAUACACGUGUCCUCAGUGUGGAAAGAGUUUUAAACAGAGAUCAACGCUUGAGAACCACAUUAGAACUCACACUGAUGAGCGUCAAUACAUGUGUACUCGGUGUGGAAAGAGUUUUAAACAGAGAUCAGCGCUUGAUGUGCACAUCAACAUUCACACUGAAGUGCGCAGAUACGCGUGUCCCCAGUGUGGAAAGAGUUUCACACAGAAAAAUUAUCUUGAGGUGCACAUCAGGGUUCACACGGGAGAGCGUCCAUACUCAUGUCUUCAGUGUGGAAAGAGUUUCAAACAGCAAAAUCAUCUUAAGGACCACAUGAGAAUUCAUACUGGAGACCGACCGCACACAUGUCAUCAGUGUGGAAAGAGUUUCACACAGCAAAAUCAACUUAAGGGGCACAUGAGAAUUCACACCGGAGAGCGACCAUUCACAUGUCAUCAGUGUGGAAAGACGUUUAAACAGAAAACAGGUCUGGAGGUGCACAAGAAAAUUCACACUGGAACCAUGAACAUGUCUUCAGUGUAGAAAGAGAUUUCACCAUAAAAUGUAGAUUUGCUCUUUCAAAGGAAACGGGGUAUAGAGAGAUGCAUGUCUUAAUAUAAAAACAAUGUUGUUGACUUCAUAAAUGUGAAACAAAAACUUGUAACUGUCACAGUAUUCAUAAACUUUGAAAAAAUCUGUGACUUCAAAUAUUUGCAACCUAAUCCAGUUCUCUUAACGCCACAGCCAAGCACACACGUUUUCCAUAUAUAAAUGUAAAAUAUAAAACUUCAAACAUAAGAUCAGAUAUAUGAAUACACAGGGACAGUAGGUGGCGGUAUGUCCUCUUGACACAAGCCAGCCUGCUUACCGGCGGCGAGGGUUUGGGUGCGGACGGGGUUCUGAUCUGAAAAAUGUGACACAUAAAUUUGUACAGGAAUAAAAAUAUUUAUUUAAUUCAGCAUUUCUUAGUGCAGGUUUUAGUGAGAGAUGAUGGUUAGUGUUGUUUAUUGUAGGUGUUGAUAGCAAGUUCUGAGGCUUUCAGCACAGGGGUUGGCGGCUCCCAUUUAAAACACUGAGGUUCCAGGUCAACCAUUUUCACUGUCAUGAUGGAUGACAGAGUUCUAUCUAGUGCCAAGAUGUUCCUGGUUUUGUUUAUUAAAAGAGGAUUUUUACGUCAUGUGAAAGUUAAAACCAAAAUCAGCCACCCUGACAGACCAAAAAAACUAAAUCUGUCUUUUUUUGGAAGCUAAGAUAAAUAAUAAUGGAUAGAAGUUUGAUGGGCAUUUGCUUUAACAUAAAAUUUGAUCCAUGCAUCUGUUGAAAAAAUAACUGUUAUGAACAUUGAAUUCCUAUUUUUUAAGCCUCACAAAUACAGCACUUCCAGUUAAGCCUCUCAGCGGCUUUUGAAUAGCAUGGCGGUGCUAUAUUUUACUUACUAUUCUUUGCCUUGGAGCAAGCUGACUCAUCAAUCUCGUUGUCUUAACGGCACCUUAACUGCACUGCUUGAGUUGAGAGAUUGAGUAAUAAAAAGACAAUUCUGUUCCAUA